GAUAAAACGUUUGUGAUGCGAGUUCUGAUAGCGCGUAAUAGGUAUGAAUGGGGCGGUUUUAAGUUUCUAAAGAUAACCGACAUGGAUUGUAGCUGUGUAGCAAUGCUGGUAAAUACAUUUACAGCUGCAUCACGUGAACUAACACCUCCACCACACCAACUACAUAUGUAUUCUUCAUCUUUAACGAGUUCUGGUUUAGAGGUACUGAUGCCUUCUCUAACUGUCAACAGCUGUAUAAUAACUGAACUGGCUUUAUGGAAUUGUGAACUAGACGAGGAAUGCGCUAGAACGAUUGGAUCGUCCUUGGAACAUWCUAACAUCACUUCCUUAAAACUUCGUGAUAACAAUAUUGGUGAUAUUGGUGCAGCCUGUAUUGCUGAACAAUCUAGUAAGCUGACAGUUCUUGAUCUUGGUAAUAAUAACAUUACUGAAAGAGGUGCAGCCCACAUCGCWAAGCAUGGCAAUAACCUAACUGAUUUAUGCCUUGAUUCGAAUAAUAUUUCUGAUUCUGGUGCAUCCUGCAUUGCUAAGCACUGUAGCAAUCUAACCAACCUAAACCUGUCUUGGAAUAAAAUAACUGAUUCAGGUGUAUACUGUAUCGCCAAGCAAUGUAGUAAUCUAACCAAUCUAGGCCUGUCUCGGAAUGAAAUAACUGAUUCUGGUGCUAUYUGCAUUGCUAAGCACUGUGGUAAUCUAACUAAGCUAAACCUGUCUCGGAAUCAAAUAGCUGAUUCUGGUGCGACCUGUAUUGCUAAGCAUUGUAGUAGAUUAUCCCAGCUAGACCUGUGGGGAAAUAAUAUAACUGACACURGUGUUGACUACAUUGUUAAGCAUUGUGGUAGUUUGUACAGGCUAAACCUGUCACGCAAUCCAGUAUCUGGUGAGUGCAAAGCAAAAACUCGUCAAUUCUGUAAGAAAAACAACCCUGGCCUUUCCCAUUUGCAAAUAUAACAAUUAAGCCAAUGCUGUGACUUGUAAAUGACAUGAUUCAUAAAUUCAUUUUGUUGAGAAUUUCUUCUAUYACGUACAACAUCCUCCUGUAAUAAAGGUUAGUGUUUUCCAUAGUACUAUAAUUAU